UUUUACGGUAAACACCAGAGGGGCUGGGGUGACAAGCGGCCGCUCCACUGGCUCAGUUAAAAUGUAGCCACUACGGAAGUUCACGUGCACACUCUCUUAUUAAUGACACACUCCGGCCCUUGAGAGAGUCAUGGCGUCUCUGGACUAUGAGGAAGUCACCGCAUUCCUGGGGGAACGGGGCCCGUUUCAGAUCAGCAUCUUCCUCCUGCUCAGCCUCAGCAUUGUACCAAAUGGAUACUCCGGCAUGGCCAUGGUCUUUCUCGCCGACACGCCGAGCUUCCGCUGCCGGUCACCGCACCUGAACGCCACUUGGGAACAAGUGGACACCGGCGGGGCGCGCGACACCACCAGCGGCUGCGUGCAGCACGUGAACGGCAGCAGCGAGCCGUGCGCGAGCGGGUGGGAGUACAGCACCGAGCGCUACCACGACACUAUAGUGACUGAGUGGGACCUGGUUUGUGGAGACGCCUGGAAGGUUCCCUUCACGCUGUCCAUCUUCUUCGUGGGAGUGCUGAGCGGAUCGUUCAUAUCCGGAGAGCUGUCUGACAGGUUUGGACGGAAGACAGUCCUCUUCGCCACCAUGGCCACUCAGCUGGUGUGCAGUCUGCUCCAGGUCGCCUCCGUCAACUGGGAGAUGUUUGCCAUUUUCUUCUGUCUUACCGGCUUCGGCCAGAACUCCAACUACAUGGCGGCCUUUGUGUUAGGCUCGGAGCUGCUGGGGAAGAAUCUGCGACUGGCUUUUUCAGUGCUGGGUGUGUGUGUGUUUUAUGCAGUGGGUUAUGCUCUCCUACCUCUAUUUGCCUAUUAUUUGAGGAGCUGGAGGAUUUUACUCACAGCGCUGUCACUUCCUGCGCUGCUCUACAUCCCUCUCUGGUGGUUUAUUCCAGAGUCUCCGCGCUGGUUGCUGUCUAAAGGCCGUGUCCAGGAAGCAGAGGAUAUCAUCAGAGCAGCGGCAAGGAAAAAUGGUAUCACUCCUCCUGAGGUUAUAUUCAAGGAUUCAGAACUGAUUAAAUCUGAGUCUGCAGAUUCUGUUUCUUACUCAUAUAUGGACCUGAUCAGGACUCAGAAGAUGAGGAGUGUGACUCUGCUGAACAGUGUUGUGUGGUUCACCAUCACCAUCAGUUACUUCGGCCUGUGUCUGAGCACUCCUAACAUGAACGGAGACCCGUACCUCAACUGCCUGUUCUCGGCUCUGACCGAGGUGGCGGCGUACGUGCUGACGUGGCUCUUGAUCAAGGUAGUCCCGAGACGAGCGCUCAUUACCGGUCCACUGCUGAGCGGUGGCCUUGUCCUGCUGCUUAUCCCAGCCGUGCCUCCAGAUUACGGCAGCGUGGCGGUGGUGUUGGCCAUGAUUGGGAAGCUCGGGGUCACUGCCGCGUUCGCCGUGCUCUACAUCUCCACGGCGGAGCAGUUCCCCACGGUGGUGCGUGGGAUGGGGAUGGGAAUCUGCAGCAUGUGCUCCAAAAUCGGCAGCACCAUCUCUCCAUUUUUCCCCUACUUCAGUUAUUACGAUCAGACUCUGCCCUACAUUUUGAUGGGAAUAUUGACACUGGUCGCCGGGCUGCUGAGCAUUCUGAUGCCAGAGACACGAGGCAUUCCCCUCCCCGAGGCCCUCUCUCAAGUACAGGGUCUAAACUGGUGCUGCGGCUGGUGUAGAAAUCGCCAGAGGACAAAAAAAACACACGAGUGUCUGGCAACGAAGCUGUGAUCUGAGGAUCCCAGUGCAGCAACGUGCACUUUUCUGAUACUUGACCUUUAUACAAACACCAUUUCAUAUUGUUUCACUGAGUAGGUUUACACUACCGUCGAUCAUCUGGGGAUCACUUCUAUUUAGUAGUGUUUUUGUUUGUCAGAUUGUGGUGUGAUUUGUCUGAGCUAGUGCUAGUCAGUAAUUAACAGAUUUGCACAUUUCUAAAUAUAUGCAUAUCUAAUUAUGAAAAUGUUUUUAAAGAGUACAAUUAGAAUACUUUUUUUGAUAUGUUCAUAUUUUCUAUUGUGCUGAUGUCAUAUGGAAAAAAAAACCUU